UUGACUUUUGAGCAGUGUUUGUUUGAGUCAGUGAAAUCUACUAAAAAUAUUGUAAACCGAAAGAAAAUAAACUUGUAUUUUUACUGUGGUUCGUGUGUGUGUUUAAAAAUGAUUAACUGUUUAAAUUAUACAAAAAUAUUUUCUGCUGAUUCGAUAAUAUUUUAAACAUGGGAAAUUAUUAAAAAUCUAUCAUGAAAUCGUUCAAGCUCAUCGUGCAUCAGUCCAGCUUCAGCCCUGUGGAUCUCAUAAUUAACCUAAAGGAUUAUCCAGGGUUGAAAGAAAAAGAUAUUGUAGAAAUUUACCAUCCUGAAAAUGAUUAUCCACGUUUAUUAUUGCAAGUUACAAAAGUGGAUGUGCCUGGAAGAGGACGAGAUACAAUCAGUGUGGAACAGAGCAUCGCGACCACAUUCCAACUUAGGACCUUUGCCGAUGUUUAUGUUAAUAUCGUCAAUGUCACUGAAGUGGCUCUGGACUCAGUGGAGCUCACAUUCAAAGACCAGUACAUGGGCAGAUCUGAAAUGUGGAGGUUGAAAAAUCACUUGGUUAGCACUUGUGUGUAUUUAAACAAAAAGAUUGAAUACUGUGGCGGAGCUAUAAGAUGCCAGGUAUACGAGAUGUGGUCACAAGGAGACCGAGUGGCUUGCGGGGUGAUUACGGAAGACACAAAAAUUGUAUUCAGGUCAUCCACUUCUAUGGUCUAUCUGUUUAUUCAGAUGUCAUCCGAAAUGUGGGAUUUUGACAUACAUGGUGAUUUAUAUUUUGAAAAAGCUGUUAAUGGCUUUCUUGCUGAUCUCUUUGCUAAAUGGAAGAAAAAUGGAAGUAACCAUGAAGUUACCAUAGUACUGUUCUCUAGAACAUUUUAUAAGGCCAAGUCUUUAGAAGAAUUUCCUCAGCAUAUGAAAGAGUGUUUACAAAAAGACUAUAGGGGGAGGUUCUAUGAAGACUUUUACAGAGUGGCAGUACAAAAUGAGAGGUAUGAAGACUGGUCAAAUGUUCUACUGCAGUUACGAAGACUGUUCACAGAUUAUCAAAAGAUAGUUCUACAAUAUCACGAAAGACCCAACAUGGAAAUCCCCACGGCAAUCAAUUCCACUGCUGCCCAAGGGAACUUUUUAGAAGUCCUCAAUAUGAGUUUAAAUGUGUUUGAAAAGCACUAUCUGGACAGAUGUUUCGACAGAACGGGACAGUUGAGCGUGGUCAUAACCCCAGGCGUCGGAGUUUUCGAAGUCGACAGGGAACUGACCAACGUCACCAAGCAACGAAUCAUAGAUAACGGAGUCGGAAGCGACUUGGUUUGCGUCGGCGAACAACCGCUACACGCGGUCCCGCUCCUCAAAUUCCACAACAAAGACAACAACCUCAAUUCCAUAGACGACUACUCUAUGCCCCAUUGGAUCAACUUGUCUUUUUAUUCCACGAACAAAAAGGUCGCAUAUUCAAACUUCAUUCCGAGAAUCAAAUUGCCCCCGCGGAAAAGCCAGGAGCCUCUGAAGAAAAUGUAUGAGGAUGAACGCAAAGGGAAACUGGUGAAGGAAGACGAGUACAUGCACAACUCGAUAUUUGACUACGAUGCGUAUGACGCUCAAGUAUUUCAAUUGCCGCCGGCUCACAGCACUUGUGUACAAAAAGUGAAUAGAACGAAGAAGACGUCUGUGGCAGGCUUGGAGGGAAUAAACAGAAGGAGCCCUCCCGCUUCACACCACAGGAAAAUGUCCGACCCGGACAUACAUCACAGUUUAGGGGACAUGUUGACGAUUAGUGCAAAAUUUUUGGUUCCAGACAAGCCAGCCGCAUACGAUUCCAGCAGCGACGUGCCUGACUCCCCGCUGGCUUCGAACCGGCUAUCCCCGAGGAGUUCUAUCUCGUCACAUAAGCCGGUUAUCCGGACCGGUCGUGCACUGAUCAAUCCGUUCGACCCCUCUCACGUUACUGUCAAACUGACCAGUAACAGACGAAGAUGGACGCAUAUAUUCCCUAAAGGUCCCACGGGAGUGCUGAUACAACAGCACCACUACCAAGCGCGACCUGCCGGAGAACCGACCUCCAGGCCUGACCACCUUCGGGAGCCCAAGGAGAACGGAUCGUCCAUCGGGAACAAUCACCCUAUAUACCAAGUUGAUGAUAUAUUGACAGGUAACGUGAUUGGGCGCAAGCGCAUGAUCAGUACGUCGAACACAGGGGGCGUGUUUGGAGCCGCUUUAGGGCCUCCAUCCACCACUAACAACGCAUCGCUUGCCCUACUGUGGGGCGCGACGGGAGAACAGGAGUGGACGCCCGCCCUUACCACAGGUGUGGACUGGAAAUCACUCACGAUCCCGGCGUGUUUGCCGAUCACGACCGACUAUUUCCCCGACAAGCGAUCGCUGCAGAAUGACUAUCUGGUGUCGGACUACAAUCUGUUGCCUGACGACGUUAACGCCGACUUUGCGCAGAACAGAGCAAUUUACAAAGAGCCGCUCACUACUAUGGAAGUUUUUAAAGAGUUGGUCUCGCAGAGAUUGGCGCAGGGCUUCCAACUGAUUGUCGGCGUGAACGAAAACGACAUGAUCGAGUCGAACUGCCCGUCAUCGGCGGCCCCCCCGCCGUCUAAAGUGGCCCCCCAGUUGAGCAAACCGGCCAACGCGGCCCCCACCAAGAGAUAUCUGCUGUCUAUCGGCAGGAUAUUCCACAAACUGACGCUGGUCGGCUCCACCAUCACUGUGACGAGAUAUAGACCCAGACACCCAUACCCGCCAUUCAACAUCCACUACCGCUACCGCUUCCACGCGCCGAACCACGACACGUACGAAGUGUCGUGGGUCUCGUUCACGACCGAGAAGCUGGAGACCUACAACUGGAACUACAUGGAUCACUACAUCUGCACCAGGGGAGACACAGACUUCGCCUUAGUCGAGGCACUAAAAUACUGGCGAUUCCGCACGCUCCUGUUGCCUCUAUACAACCCGGCCACAAAACAGAUCUUGGAGGACGAGUCGACUCACUGCGACAUCUACCCCACGCCCACCAGGCAGGAUCUUGACCACCUGACUGAGGGCUUCCUAAAGAUGACCGAGUUGUACUUCAAUAAGGUCAAAAGGCCCAACAAGCAGCGGAUGGCGGGCACGGUGGGCGCGGGCGCGGACAACGCGCUAACUCGCCGCCGCCAUUCAACUUCGAUGCUGACUCGGAGCGCCCAGGGCGGCGUGUCGAGUUCGCCGUUCCGGGAACGCGUGGGCAGCACCCGCCUGCCGGACCGGCCGCGGCUCCGGAUCGAGGCCAUGGCUGUAGCAAAAACUGUGCUCGAAAGAACGCAGUCACAGACUGGCGAAUGUGAAGACACUUAUGACGAUGGAGUGAUAGAGCCAAAGCUAAAAGCGAAUUCCACGCUGCCAGAGAUCGUCGAGCGAAUGCGAAGCGUCAACCUUGGCGUUGGAUUCCUACAGCAGACCGUCAGUCUGCCUUCGCACACGUUCGUCUCCAUAUACGCGAUCCACUGGCUACAGGCCAAUAUGGAGGCGAUCACGUAUGAAAAAGCCACAGCUAUUAUGGAGAAACUACUACAAGACAAGAUGAUCUGCCACGCUUCAGGAGACACGACGAAGCGAUUCGUCAUCGGAUAUUACAUGUACCACAUCUUGCCCCAGAAGAAGGACAAAGAGCUGACAGACUACGUGAAACCGCUCGGCGACUUGCAGAGUUUCGAAAACGAGUGGAUGGAAGUGGAAGUGUUAGGUCCUCGCUCGCCGCUGCUCUCGAGCGAUUUAUCGAGCGGCGGUAUCGAUAUAUCGGGAUCGAGUCCGCUGACGGACGACACGGGAGUACCUGCCUUCUUGUGUGACAAUAUCGACCCUAAUUAUAUGCAGGUCGAUGGCGAUAAUGACCUGCCACUGUAUAAGAACACGCACCUAGACAUCGAUGUGAGCAACAAGAGUGACCGCAUCGAGUGGGGUCACGCGCGCUACCAGGCCACUUUCCGCCCGGACCAGGCCUACGAGAUGUGCAUACAGUGGGCCGUCGCUAGCGGGAACAUUGUGUCCGAACUGAUAUUCGGAUGGGCGCGAAAAGCACAGAAUUGCCGCCUCCAAAUGGUGCCUAUCCCGGCCGACCCGCUCGCUCUGCCAUUCACAUCUAAGUCCGACCCCCUUCGAGGGCCCAUCUACGUGCCUUUGAACGAGGAACCCCUACUCAGAAACAAGACUGCUUUAUUUGAAGGUUUCCCUGAAGACACAUGGCUCGAGCGGCUAUUCUUGUUCCAAGAGGCUAUAGUAGGCCGUUUCGGCUUCAUCAAAUGUACCGUAGAGAGCACAUCUCACGCGGCCGGAGUGGGAGACCAUCUAUAUGUCCACGUCACUGGGAACAUGUUUAUACUCAUCCCGACUACGGUCAAGUCGGAACAGAGGGCACUAAGGGCGAAGCCGCCGAACAAACCUUUGAAUGCCAGCAGAUACCCGGUGCAUUCUGAAGCAGCACCCAGUCCUCACGAAGGGUACAUUACUCGCCACGUGAGCGGGAAAAACAAGGACGACUACGAUAACAGCAGGAGGAUGGGCUUCUUAUGGUCGUGGAAUCACAUGAUAUCUAAGAAGUGGAAAUGGUCGCAAACACCUGCUACAGGCGACGAGACUUUCCAAAUGCGAAUGUUGCGCGAUUUCAAACAUUUCUGCGCCAACCAAGAACAAAGACUGAGUCAAUUUUGGGAUCAGUGUUGGGAGUUACAGGAGGCAGCUCAAGGAAUUAAAUCCUGUUAAUUUAUUAAUGUAAUAUAAGUCAAAUAAUUUUAAGUGAAUAAACUUUUUAUAUUUUCAA